AAGAACUCACUACCGGUUGUCCACAUGCCGACAUUCUCGUAUGUCGUGUCGUGCAAGCAUAUCUACACGUUCAACUUGGAAUCAAAGUCUUAGGUGGCGCAUGUCACGAAGAAGCCGCCGACCAUUUCACCGCCGCUCUCGACUGCCGCGAUUCAUUAUUGAAAUCUAACAUUCAUGGAAUAUAUGCGCAGGUCAAAACUGCGUUCUGAGGCGCGCAGAAUCGCAAAUUCCCUACUCGAGCCGCAGCUCAGGCCAGAGCUGCCUGAGGCCAGGCCAAAGCCGCGGCUUUUGGGCCAAGCCGGGCCGGAACAUCACUACCGUCAGACUCAGGAUAAGGAUGAAAGAAUAUAUCCUCCCAUGUUCCUUCACCUCUAUCCUGACAGAGACGAUUCACCCUAUUGCCAUCCUAAUCGUGAAGACGGUCAGCCGCUUCAGAAAAUAUUGCACGACAUCAACGACACAGAGCGCCUGUACGCCACCCAAACUGUUUGCGUCCAACUUUGCAGUCAAUUGUCUGCUAAAUAUGAUCGUCGUCGGUGGAGUUGUUCGUCUGUGAUUGGCCGCGCACUUGCCACAACUUUUUCAGGCGGUGUCAUGUGGAUUUGGUAUUAUGAUUGGUUCAGUGCUCGGGCAUCAACUUUAGUCAAGAUCUCCCGCAAUUCAUGGUGCUGUGGUAUGCUUUAUAACGCUUCGAGCUUCACGAUUGGGACCGAAACAAGCACUUCCUCCCAUUCCAAGUUGAGGGGAAACAAUGCCACGAAUUCAAUAUCAAGGACCUUCGAACGAUGGAUCUAGUACUUCACACCAGCCACGAUGAAGGAGUGACGCACUGUGGACUACAAGAACGGGGCACCGACGUGGUCCUGCAGCUAGCAAGCCAGAAAUCUUGGACAAGGUUAAGGAAAUUGCGAAGGUGCAAAAGAUCGC